CAUUCAGCAACGUUUGGUCUCCUCCUUCGUCCACAUUGGCCCCCACACAGUUUGACCAGGUGACACUUCGAACAGAGCAAGACGAUAUCUAGAGACCGGCUUGCGUGCGCAAUGAUGAGCGUCUCGUCGAGAAACGAAGGGGAUCAUCUCUCUUGCAAGGUUGCGGACCGGCACAAUGCCGAACACGACAGCGUGGACGUCACACCACCGUGUAUUCUCGUUGUCAAUCCCAACAGCUCGCUAGAAAUGACUUUGGGAAUGCGCGACAGGCUCUGCUCUCUUCAUCGUUGCGGCAGAAUCUCGAGAGAUGUCCAGCUGGCUUUCGCGACUGCGGACAAAGAAGCUGGUGUACCUCCAUCGAUCGAUGAUUUCGUGGAUGAAAUCGCAAGUGCUUAUUUGGUGCAUCGACAGAUCGCUCACGGAAAGUUCAAGGUUUUACGAGAAGAAUCCGUGGUAGAGGUGGAACAGAGUGCAUGCGACAAGUCUGUUCUGCAAUUUCGGGAACACAGUCUGGCACCUCAUGGCGAUCCCAAGCAAAGGCCUGAACAGAGGGUUCGUCUCAGCAUGAAGAAUACGAGCAUCGAUCAAAGUCAAGCCGUGCUAGUCGCUUGUUUCUCCAAUCAUCCCCUCGCUCAAAUGUUGCGCGUCUCUCAUCCGCAUCUCAAAGUCCUUCACAUACUAGAAGCAGCAGUCCUCUCCGCUCUCUCAUCAGGUGGAAAAUUUGGCAUUCUCACAACUUUGCAAAGCAUGGUGGAUGAUAUCGACGAAGGUGCGUGCGCCGUCAUCGGACACGGACACUCCAGAUUUGUUGGGACUGUAGCAGCGGGCGUCAAUGCGGCUGGGUUGGAAGAUCCGAAGAGGAAGACAGAAGCAGAUCGAUUGGUCUCUGAAGCGGCAGGAUUGCUGGCUUCAAAAGGCGCGAAAGCUAUCAUACUGGGAUGUGCCGCCAUGGGCGACAGAGCUUCCUUGAUACGCCAAGCAUGCCGCAAUGAGAACGUGACGGUGACGAUCGUCGACGGUACAAUUGCUGGCGUCCAUCUCCUCACGAAUCUCCUACACUCCGAAUAAAGUAUGCUCAUACACGCCAUCCUGUGGCGGGCAAAAA